GGCGAGAACGCCAUUUACAAGCCGCGUUUGCUGCGAGCGAGUGCGCGUGUAGUAGAACCCUUCGCCGGAGAGAGAGAGUGUACUGUUUGUGUGUGUGAGAGAGCGAGAGAGCGCCGCCGCCAAAGCUGCCCAACACAUACACGCCGUGUCAGACACUUCGCGGUCGGUCGGCUAAAAGGCAAUUUUAUACGGGCGAAAAGUUGUAAAAAAAAGCAUUACCACUAUUAAAUAAAUUUCGGUUGGCUGCGAAAAUAGUGCGAGAGCAAACGGUCGCGCAGAGCGACCCAUAAAACGUGCUAAUCCGGGGCAUAAAACUGGAUAUGCAAAAUGCGAAAUAGCCCGUACAAAACCGCCAUGGAGUUCCACUAAGUGCCGGUAGUUCGGAAGCGUUCCGCCCGCAGAUCAGAAAAGUAAUCAAAAAGAGAGCAGCACACUGCCAUCGAAAAUAUAAGAAAAGAAAAAAAAAACAAGAGCAAUAAAACGCUGGCAAAAGAGGAAGUUCCGAAACGCUCGAGAAGAGUUUUCAGUGUGCGACAAUAACCGGAAGGAAGGAGGGAAGGGAAGGCGGCCGGUGAAGAAGGCGGAGGAGAAGCAGCAGGAGCACGACGAGGACUUCCGCUCAUCCGGGAAAACGGUGGAAACUGCUGCACUGGCUCCGAAAUCCACCUCGGAACUAUUACCAGCCGGCAACAUAGUAGAAUAACAACAUGUAUCCCUCACCGGUGCGUCACCCCGCCGCCGGGGGACCACCACCUCAGGGCCCAAUUAAGUUCACCAUCGCCGACACAUUGGAACGCAUCAAGGAGGAGUUCAACUUCCUGCAGGCGCAGUACCACAGCAUCAAAUUGGAGUGCGAGAAGCUGUCGAACGAGAAGACGGAGAUGCAGCGCCAUUAUGUUAUGUACUACGAGAUGUCCUAUGGCCUUAACGUGGAGAUGCACAAGCAGACCGAGAUCGCCAAGCGGCUGAACACACUGAUCAACCAGCUACUUCCAUUCCUACAGGCCGACCACCAGCAGCAGGUGCUGCAGGCGGUGGAGCGGGCGAAGCAGGUGACCAUGCAGGAGCUCAACCUGAUCAUUGGGCAACAGAUCCACGCCCAGCAGGUGCCGGGCGGACCGCCACAGCCGAUGGGUGCAUUAAAUCCAUUUGGCGCCCUGGGCGCCACCAUGGGUCUGCCACACGGACCGCAGGGUCUCCUGAACAAACCGCCCGAGCACCACAGGCCGGACAUCAAGCCCACGGGUCUGGAGGGACCAGCAGCCGCUGAGGAGCGAUUGCGCAAUUCGGUUUCGCCGGCUGAUCGUGAGAAGUACCGCACACGCUCGCCCCUGGACAUUGAGAAUGACUCGAAGCGUCUAAAAAAUGAGAAACUGCAAGACGAUGAAGGCGAGAAAAGCGAUCAAGAUUUAGUCGUAGAUGUUGCAAAUGAAAUGGAAUCCCACUCACCGCGCCCCAACGGCGAGCAUGUGUCCAUGGAGGUGCGCGAUCGGGAAAGCCUAAAUGGCGAACGCCUGGAGAAGCCCAGCAGUAGUGGCAUCAAACAGGAACGUCCGCCCUCACGCUCCGGCUCCAGUUCGUCACGUUCCACACCCAGCCUCAAGACAAAAGAUAUGGAGAAGCCGGGCACACCGGGCGCCAAGGCACGCACACCGACACCCAACGCUGCCGCUCCGGCGCCGGGCGUUAAUCCUAAACAAAUGAUGCCGCAGGGACCACCGCCAGCCGGCUAUCCGGGGGCACCGUAUCAGCGACCGGCCGAUCCCUACCAGCGUCCACCGUCGGAUCCAGCCUAUGGACGACCGCCACCAAUGCCGUACGAUCCACACUCACAUGUGCGAACCAAUGGCAUUCCACAUCCCUCGGCCCUGACGGGUGGAAAGCCUGCAUACUCUUUCCAUAUGAACGGUGAGGGUAGCCUACAGCCGGUGCCGUUUCCGCCGGACGCGUUGGUCGGUGUUGGUAUCCCCAGGCACGCCCGUCAGAUCAACACACUGUCGCACGGAGAAGUUGUCUGUGCGGUAACCAUCUCCAAUCCCACAAAAUACGUUUACACGGGCGGCAAGGGCUGCGUGAAGGUGUGGGAUAUCUCGCAGCCGGGCAACAAGAAUCCAGUCAGCCAGUUGGAUUGCCUGCAGCGCGACAACUACAUACGCUCGGUGAAGCUACUGCCCGACGGACGUACGUUGAUCGUGGGCGGAGAGGCCUCUAACCUGUCCAUCUGGGACCUGGCCAGCCCAACGCCACGCAUCAAGGCCGAACUGACCUCGGCGGCGCCUGCCUGCUACGCCCUGGCCAUUAGCCCAGACUCGAAGGUGUGCUUCUCAUGCUGCAGCGAUGGCAACAUUGCCGUGUGGGACCUGCACAACGAAAUCCUGGUCCGCCAGUUCCAGGGCCACACCGACGGCGCCUCGUGCAUUGACAUCAGUCCGGAUGGCUCCAGGCUGUGGACGGGCGGCUUGGACAACACGGUGCGCUCCUGGGAUCUGCGCGAGGGUCGCCAGCUGCAGCAGCACGACUUUAGCUCUCAAAUAUUCUCGCUCGGCUACUGUCCCACAGGCGACUGGCUGGCUGUGGGUAUGGAGAACUCGCACGUUGAGGUGCUGCACGCAUCGAAACCGGACAAGUAUCAACUGCAUCUGCACGAGAGCUGCGUUCUGUCGCUGCGUUUUGCCGCCUGCGGCAAAUGGUUUGUUUCCACCGGCAAAGACAACCUGCUUAACGCAUGGCGAACACCCUACGGUGCCAGCAUAUUCCAGUCGAAGGAAACAUCAUCCGUACUUAGCUGCGACAUAUCAACUGACGACAAAUACAUUGUGACGGGCUCGGGCGAUAAGAAGGCUACUGUCUACGAAGUUAUUUAUUAAAUCCACAAAACCAAGCAGUUUUUUCAUUUUGUAAUAAGCUCGUAUAGUUUUUAUUACAACAACAGAAGCAAAAAAACAAUUAACUACAACAAACAAAAUGUUCGAAAUCAUGCAAAUAAUAUAAAACAACAAAAAAAAUAAACAUCUACAGAAGGCAGCAGUAGCAACGCAUCAAAAAGCGAAGCAAAAAUGAAAAUUCUAUAAUAUAUAUAUAUACAAAAAGGAAAAACUAAAAUUUUAAGCGUACUUUUAGCUACUAAGCCUAAGCUAAGUCCAAUAAAAAAAAAGAGAAACCAACAACAAACCAAGUUGAACACACAAAUUGCAA